GUGCUGUGUCUCAUCACUGCCCCGGUCACCAUGAUCCUGAGCAGUCAACAGGAUGCGGCCUUCGCUUUCGCCUCCCUUGCUAUUGUCUUCUCCUCUUACAUCACCCUGGUUGUGCUCUUUGUGCCCAAGAUGCGGCGCCUCAUCACGGGAGAGUGGCAGUCGGAGCAGCAGGACACCAUGAAGACGGGCUCGUCCACCAACAACAACGAGGAGGAGAAAUCGCGGAUGCUGGAGAAGGAGAACCGCGAACUGGAGAAGAUCAUUGCAGAGAAGGAAGAGCGGGUCUCUGAGCUCCAGCAACAGCUGAAAGAGCGGCAGCAGCUCCGGUCGCGGCGGCGCUCCUCCAAUUGUGCCGCCGACAACCACUUCAACAACUCGGCCUCGGCCUCGGCAGCCACCGGCCCCAACCUCUACCAGCCCAGCCUCCCUCUCGUCCGCUGCCUGGUGGCCGAGCAGGCCGACAAGCUGGGGCGAAACAACUGCGACGGCAGCCGCGUUCACCUGCUCUACAAGUGACAUUUUUUCCUGGGCAAGCUACACAAAGCAGGGGAGGGUGGGCAGUCGGUACAGAGGCUCACAAAACCAGUGCGUAGGGACUUGUACAGCCGGCUGGGGAGUUUGCUCAAAGUUCUUUUGUUCAUUUUUUAAGGGGGGGGGAGGGAAGAAGAGAAAUCAUAACCUCUGGUUUUUGUAAAAUACCUUUGUGUCCGUCCACCUGCCUGUGCCCCUUGGACCUGGAAUCGAGGUGCCAACUCUAUGGAGACUUGUUUUAGAAGUAGCGGGUCGCAGGGGACACCGCUGUUUGCCCCUCCCCUCCCCAAAUGCACAUGCACACUUGCUUACUUGACAAAUGUGCCUCUCUGGAAAGAUGGAUGCGCAUCAGGCAGAAAUAAGGGUUCUGUGGCUGUGUGUGUGUGUGUGUGUGUGUGUGUGUGUGUGUGUGUGUGUGUGUGAAUCUCUCAAGACUCUGAACACUUGCAUCCUGCAGUAUCUGUUCCUGUGCACUUCUCUCCAUGCAGCUAUUUGGCUACUCCUGCAGCCUACAGAAGCCCCAGUCGAAGUACAGUUCAACCGCAGCAUAGCAAUUGACAGUUGUGCUUGCAGUUAACAGUGGAAGCUUUUCCCUCCUUGCUUCCCACAAGCAUAUCGCUUCCAGGUGCAGCUGGGUGUCUGGAAAAGGUAGGCACUGUAGCUCUGAGACAGUCCGCCUGUAUGAACAGUAUUGAAAGGGAUAAUCCGUUUACUUGUGGGCCAAGCCAGCCUGUUGCACUAGGAUGCACAGCUCGGCCAAAGCGUUUUUGUCCUGUGCAAACCCCGAACGAUUCCAUGCAGUUAGACUGUGCAGCAACGGAUUGGUUUCGUAUGUCAUUUGGCACCGAAAUGGUCAAACUAGGACCCCGGCCCAGUCUGAUUGUGGCUGUUUGUAUUGGGAACUAGAAACACACACACACACACACACACACACACACACACACACACACACACACACACAUUCCUCCUAUGGUUGCGCUUCUGAGCCACAUUGCACAAGGCUAUCGAACCUCACUUUGACCUCCCUUGAUGCUUGUGUGCAUACGAGUGCGGGAUUGUGCGUGACUGCAAUCUAGUCCCAUCCACGCCGUGUGUUAAGACUGAAGGCAUAAAUUAAGGAAGUGGGGAUCAAGUGCAGUUAGCUUGCAGGUGGUGGUGGAAGUUGCAACAUUCCUGCGCAUUCUCACUUGCAGGAUGCACUUGUUAAACAGGGAGAAGCUCCUAUUUAGACAUCCAGGGGUACAUCCAGAGACUGUGCAAGAAGGCUGAAACCCAACCAGGUGGCUUCCUUUUCAGAGGCAGCUGUCAGCCACUGAAGACACGAACACCUUGCCAGUUCUCUUGUAACGAAGAAGCGUUGCUCUUUGGGGCCUGGGGUGGGCAGAGGCAUCUCCAGUGCGCUUGCCAACUCCGAGCUCUGCCUACGAGAUUGCUGCCUGCACCGCGCACUCUCUGCCAGACUCGCCACGAAUGCCUUCAUCUCUCACCCCACCAGGAAUGUAGGAUCUGAAGCCACAGUGAGGUUAAGAGCAGGGCAGGAUGCUGGUGAAUAUUAGGGGAACGUGGGUCGGCAGCUCCCUUACGACCAGCCCUGGGGCUGCCUCAGUAGCUUGUGUGUGCGUGUGCGUGUGCAAGCAUGCAUGCAUGCAUGCGUCAGCACCUGUUCCUCCCCACACUUUUCCAAUUUGAGCACUUUAUUGUCCCAGCAGUUGUGGGUGGGAGCAGUGGCUGCUGCCAAGGGGAGUGGGGGA